AUGUAUAAAAUAAUAAAAGUCAAGUUACGUGCGCGUUGUGUUAAAAGUAAUUGUUCUGGUCGUGUAACUUUUGAUGGUACACAAUAUAUUAAAUUAACUGACCAUAGUCAUGUAUCAAAUCCAGACGAAAUAAUAGAUGCCGAAUUUAAAUCAAAAAUUAGUGAACGUGCAAUAACAUCACAUGAUCCACCUCGACGAAUUAUAAAAGAUGACAUACCAUUGCCAAGACCAACAUCAUUCGAAGAUAUAAGUAUUCCGCAUAGGGGUGUUAAUUUAGUUUUAUUUUUCAUUUAUAAUAAUGGAUAA